UAAGCCUAAAAAAAACCCCAUCAAUGGCGAAAUCGCUGUCUCUAUUCUUAUUUUGCCCACAAUUCAUGGCCUCUAGAAGAACAGUUGCAGGAACAGCGCUCUCUUCCUUAAUCCCUUUCUCAAGGCGCAAGCCUCUCAAAAAAGUGAUCUUUUCUGUAUCCCCAUUUUCCACUACCUCCACCAGAUACCCACUUCAAUACGACAUGAUAAUCCACCGUCCGACUCAGUCCUCACUUGCCCCGAAUCGCCGCAGACGCAGUAAACCGGAAACUGAAAGUUCUCCCGAGCCCGAUUUGCCUCAGGAGACUAGUUCGGAACUCAAUCUUGACACAUGGGUUGAUAGGAAAUUGGAUGCUGAUAUGGACAAGUCCAAGAGGAAAUAUUAUAACAAGAGAAGGAAGAGAAUUUACGGGUCGGAUUCUGACGAUGACAAGAACGAGGAUAGUUUUGUGGAAUUGAAGCCUGAAGUGGUGCAAUUUGAUAGAUUGCAUAAGAGAGAGGAGGAGUUGUAUUUCCAUGACACAUUUGCGUAUCCAUGGGAGCAAGAUAAGCAUUACAAGAUGGUUUAUCAGUUGGAGAAGAAGUAUUAUCCAGAUCAAUGUCUUGACAAGGCAUUUAUUGAGCCAGGACAAUCAAACUCAGGUGGAAGUAUGAAGGAUAAGGGGAACGUAAAGAAGAAGAAAAGUGUUGGUGACAAAAGCGGAGAAGUGAAAGACAAGAGUGCUGAUGAUAAAAGGUUGGUGUUUUUUGAGGAGAAGGAGAAGGGUGAGGACGUGUUGAAUUCGGUUAAGGAGUCCAAUAGAGAUAUCACAGAGAAGAAGGUGGAGGAGUUCUUCAAGUGUUUGAAGAAAGUUCCGAAUAAAAAUAGUGAAGUUGGGGAUGGAGAGCCAUAUCUUGUGACUAGGAGUGGUGAGCUUCCUCCGAAAUGGGAUGGACCCAAUGGGACAGUGGUAUUGGUGAACAAACCUAAAGGAUGGACUUCAUUCACAGUUUGUGGAAAGCUGCGUCGCAUAGUCAAUGUGAAAAAGGUGGGGCAUGCGGGAACUCUUGAUCCCAUGGCAACUGGUUUAUUGAUUGUUUGUGUUGGUAAAGCCACCAAGUUGGUUGAAAGAUACCAAGGUAUGAUUAAAGGGUACAGUGGAGUUUUUCGUUUGGGGGAGGCUACCUCGACUUGGGAUGCUGAUUCACCAGUUAUUCAACGUGAGCCUUGGGAGCACAUCAAAGAUCAGGACAUAAAGAAAGCUGCUGCAUCCUUUUGUGGGGAAAUUUGGCAAGUUCCUCCAAUGUUCUCUGCCAUCAAAGUUGGAGGUGAAAAGAUGUACGAGAAAGCAAGAAGAGGAGAAAGCAUUGAGCUGUCUCCUAGACGGAUAUCCAUUUUCCAGUUUGACAUUGAACGUAGUUUAGAAGACAGACAAAAUUUGAUUUUUCGGGUGACCUCCUCUAAGGGAACAUACAUUCGGUCACUGUGUGCAGAUUUUGGAAAGGCACUUGGCAGUUGUGCUCAUCUAACUGCACUUCGAAGAGAUUCAAUUGGGGAAUAUUCGGCUGACGAUGCGUGGGAUUUCAAAGAUCUGGAAGAGGCAGCUACCAAAAGUUACCUAUAAAUUCCAACUGCUGCUUGCAAUCUGUUACUCCGAAGAAAAAGUCGCAGCAAGCUCAGGAAAGGAAACACCAUUUUUUUUCAGGAGUUCAACAUGAUAAAUCAUUUCUUCCCAGUUCUGGUUUCUUUCUAAUCAUAAAGGAUUGCUAAGUUAUAUUUUCUUUUUCAAUCUAAAGAAAUUCGCGUCGUUGCCCAUUCGGAAGGUCCCAGGACUAAAGAUCCAAGAAUUGGUCAUCUUAGGGAUUCAGGGCUACUUUGUUGUGCAUAGAGACAUAAGAUUUGGUGUAAAAUGUUCUUCCGAAUGAAUGAUUCAUUCUGAUAAACAGGUUUUUGACAAUAAAUUCUGAUAGUUUUUUCUCAAUGAAAAUAAGAGUCAAUUUUACUUC